AUGCCCUCAACUUCCGCAUCGGUUUCUGCACCAGCUUCCGCGCCUGCUGUGGUCAAGGUGCGAACCCCUCGGCGGUCACUCCAAACUACUCCUUGCGCCGCCGCAGCAUCCGCAGCGUCAGCAAAGACUGCGCCAGGGCCGCCGCGUGUCGCUGGCAUCCAGCGGCUAAGGGAGCUUAGGCCGAAGCAGCUGGACUUCACAGCAGUCACCUCGACCCAGGCAGACGAUGAGGUCCCCACACCUAGGCGCGCGCCCUCCAGCGAUGGAGGAUCUUCCCGCGGCCUGGAACCUUGCCGCAAUCAGGGCGCGAGUGUCGUGUCGGUUCGUCACGAUCGCUUCCAUCUUUCGCUUGGAUUCCUGGGGAAUGACGCUGCUUUCUUACGACACCAAAGCAACUCGUCUCACCAACGAGCGCAAGCUGCAGCG